GUUUGCGUGCUGUGGGUUUGUUUUGUGAACGGCCUGCUGGUGGUCGGCAGCUUUUAGUCUAAUAAAUAGAUGGUGGGAUGUGCUGUGGAGCGCUGGCCGAUCUUGCCGUGGUGACGAGUACAGGUCUGUGUGGCCCAGUGGUUUGUAAUCACAAUGAAUUAUUUUACUGUCCUUAAGCCCAGAAAAGUUGCUGGGAGGAGCUACAGUAUAAAAAGUUGGCAGCUUCAAAUGUAUCGGAGUCAGAUUUAGGGCAACCGGAAUUCAGGAAAAACUUUGUUCUUUGAGUUAUAGUUGUGCAUCAUUCAGUAAGUGACUAAGAGAUUUUAAUUUUUAAAAAGGAAAGACAUUGGAUUUUUUUUAAAGGAAGAAUUUGGCUCUUGAUAAAGAAUACUUUGAAUUACAACAAUGGAAGAAACCAAAAAUGCAAAGGAUGACUUACACAAAUCUGGUAAAUCAGUUCGUCUUGUCCAUGGUGAAGGUAAAGAUAUGAAAGUUACUGUGCAAAAUGAUAUUGAACAAAAACCUUCCAGAAGUCUAACUGAGGGCAAUUCUCAAGAUGGUGGCAAAACUGUUUCAAACUGGAAUAACAAAAAGUCAAAAUGGAAUGGAGAACAAAUAGAAAGAAAGAACAUUGAAAAAAACUCAGAUAUGAAAUCAAGCAAGGGUAGCAAACAAGACAUACUAAACUGUAUGGCUAGUUCAAGGAAUUCAGGAACACGGAGUACACGUGACCAUUGUCAAGGAAGCCGGACAUCUGGUGGGAUGGCAUCUGUUGAAAAAGUGAAACAGAAGCAUGUUAAGUCACAGCAGCAAACUCUUGGGACAUCUGCAAACUCUCACUGCAGCAGUGGUACAAAGAAUGUGAAUGAAAAGGAAUGCUUACCUGUGAAACCAAAGGAUGUGAUGAAAAUGGAGUGUAUGGCACAGGCAAGCAAGCCAUCUGUACCAUCAAAUGGUGAAAAUAAUGCUUUGCUUGGGAAAGCCAAACGGGAUCUUAAAGAAGUGGAAAAGAAAGCAGACGUGGUUGGUAAAGUUGCUCCUGCAAAUGCAAACAAAGCACAUCCUUUGGAGAAGGAUAAUGCGGAGAGCACACCGGUGAUCGAUGAGUCUAAGAUGACAGCGGAACAACAGCUUGGACUGAAACAAGCAGAGGAAAGAUUGGAGAGAGAUUAUAUCUUUCGUAUGGAAAAACGUUCACCAGAAUAUCCUUCAUGUCAGUACCUAUGCAAACUUUGCCUGGUUCACAUUGAAAAUAUCCAGGGAGCUCAUAAACAUAUAAAGGAAAAACGGCAUAAGAAAAAUAUUACUGAAAAGCAAGAAGAGAAUGAACUUCGUAACAUAAAACCACCAACACCUGAUCAUUUGGCUGCUUUGACUUCUGCUGUGUUACAUGCUGCACAGCAAGAAGGAAUUUCUGAUGAGGAUUAUCAAAUCCGGAAAAAUAUUGUGAACGAAAUGGAGAAAAUUAUUCAGCACCUUUUGCCAGAUUGCUCACUAAGGUUGUAUGGUUCGUGUCUUACAAGAUUUGCUUUCAAAACCAGUGACAUCAACAUUGAUGUGAAAUUCCCCCCUCAUUUAAAUCAACCAGAUGUUUUGAUACAAGUCCUGGACAUUAUUAAAAAUAACUCUUUAUAUUCAGAUGUCGAGUCUGAUUUCCAUGCCAAAGUUCCAAUUAUAUGCUGCAGAGAUAUAAAAAGUGGACUGAUUUGUAAAGUUAGUGCAGGGAAUGAUGUGGCCUGCCUUACUACAAAUCUAUUGGCAGCACUGGUCAAACUGGAGCCUCGACUGAUCCCGCUGGUUUUAGCCUUUCGGUGUUGGGCAAGAGUCUGUCAUAUAGACUGCCAAGCAGAAGGUGGCAUUCCUUCAUAUUCAUUUACAUUGAUGGUAAUCUUCUUCCUUCAACAAAGACAAGAGCCUCUUUUACCUGCUUACUUGGGCUCAUGGAUUGAAGGCUUUGACUUGAAAAAGAUUGAUGAGUAUCACCUGAAGGGAAUACAGAAUGAUGAAUAUGUGUUAUGGGAACACAGACCAGCAAGUUCUGGGGAAUCAAAAAACAUAAACAGCGGAGAUGGAAAAAGCUCAAAUAAAAUCGAUCACAGAAAAUCUAACAAAAAGACGGAAAGCAGUGAACCCAAUGCACAAAAUAGUUCACUGAAGGAAAAACAAGGCAGAGCUGCAUUGAAGUUUGGUUCAUCACACCAAGUUUCUCUUGGACACCUCUGGCUUGAAUUACUGAAAUUUUACACUCUGGAGUUUGCAUUGGAAGAAUAUGUCAUCUGUAUACGGGUAAAAGAUCUUGUAUCAAGAGAGCACAAAAACUGGCCAAAAAGGAGAAUAGCCAUUGAGGACCCUUUUGCACUAAAGAGAAAUAUUGCUCGAAGUUUGAACAGCCAGAUGGUGUUUGAGUAUAUUCUGGAGCGAUUUAGGACUGCGUAUAAAUACUUUGCUUCUCCUCAAAUAAAAGACGGGAUCAAGGUAAAACCAGAUGCAAGGAAAAAAGGGAAAGUUUACAAUAAAAAGAUUGCAAAGCCUGAAGAACAUCCAGGGAAUUGUCGUCUGCCACAAAAGGGAACUGCAGUAGAGAGAGAUAUGAAAGAACUUUCCACCAAUGGAGAAAUAAAUAGAACGAGUAACUGUGGAACACUGUUAUUUGCUAACACAGGUGUUGAGUCUACUGAAGAUGUUAAAAGAGAGUUUGAACAUUUAGAAUUGAAGCAUGUUUCAUCUCCCACUGGCGGAAUUGCAGUGACUUUGCUAAAAUCUGAUUUGGGAAAUCAAGAGACUGGCAACUGUACCAGAGAUUCCAAUGAAAGAUUGCUCAGUUGCAAUUCAGUGGAGCAUUCCAGUAGAACUCUGAAGUUGUCUGAUUGUUCAAAGCAGGCAGAGCCAAAAGAAACAGGACUUGUGUCCAACAGUAUGGAAAAUGUGAUGCCACCAGCCAGUUUGCAAUCACUAAGACAUAAAGAUAGUUGCAAACUAGAAGUACACUGCUCUGAAGGAACAAAUUGCACUGCCAGUUGCAUUUCAACUACCUCACAGACUUGCACAACAGAAACUGAAGCUCCUAGCUGCACUGUUAUUGAUGACACGGACAAUGCAUCAGAAACAGGGGAACUACAUUAUGUCUUUGAGAAAAGCAUUCUAACAAAUGGAAAGCCUCCCACGAUUGUGUGCAGCAUCUGCAAACGAGAUGGACAUUCAAAGAACGAUUGCCCAGAGGACUUCAAGAAGAUUGAUUUGAUGCCUUUGCCACCUAUGAUAAAUAAGUUUAAGCAAAUUCUUGAUCUAGUCUGCACAAAAUGUUAUGAUGAACUGUCACCUCUGGAGGAGCAAAAUCGGGAACAAACCCUAGCAAGUUUGGAAAGAUUUAUUCGGAAAGAAUUUGAUGACAAGGCCAGACUGUGUUUAUUUGGUUCAUCCAAGAACGGAUUUGGAUUUCGGGAUAGCGACUUGGACAUAUGCAUGACUUUGGAAGGCCAUGAGACUGCAGAGAAACUCAAUUGUAAAGAAAUAAUAGAAGGUCUGGCAAAAGUUCUUAAAAAGCAUCCAGGUUUGAGAAACAUUUUGCCCAUAACAACAGCCAAAGUGCCUAUUGUAAAAUUUGAACAUCGACAAAGUGGGUUGGAGGGAGAUAUCAGCUUGUACAACACUUUGGCACAACAUAACACAAGGAUGUUGGCUACAUAUGCUGCCAUAGAUCCUAGAGUAAAAUAUUUGGGAUACACUAUGAAGGUGUUUGCCAAGCGUUGUGAUAUUGGUGAUGCCUCCAGAGGAAGCCUGUCCUCUUAUGCCUACGUCCUUAUGGUGCUCUACUUUCUACAGCAAAGAAAACCACCAGUUAUACCUGUUCUCCAAGAAAUUUUUGAUGGAAAAGAGGUGCCACAGAGAAUGGUAGAUGGAUGGAACGCCUUCUUCUUUGAUGAUAUUGAAGAACUGAAGAAAAGACUGCCAGAACUUGGGAAGAACAAAGAAUCAGUGGGUGAACUUUGGUUAGGCCUUUUGCGAUUUUACACUGAAGAAUUUGAUUUCAAGGAAUAUGUUAUCAGCAUCAGACAGAAGAAACUUCUAACAACAUUUGAAAAGCAAUGGACCUCAAAAUGCAUUGCCAUAGAAGAUCCCUUUGACUUGAAUCACAAUCUUGGUGCUGGAGUCUCAAGGAAAAUGACCAACUUUAUAAUGAAAGCUUUUAUAAAUGGACGCAAAUUGUUUGGGACUCCAGUGUAUCCACAUCCUGGCAUGGAAACGGAUUACUUUUUUGAUUCAAAAAUCCUGACUGAUGGGGAGUUGGCACCAAAUGACAGGUGCUGUCGUAUCUGUGGGAAAAUUGGACAUUACAUGAAAGAUUGUCCAAAACGAAGGAGAAUGAAGAAGAAAGAAAAUGAGAAAGAGGAAGAGAAGGAUUCAAAGGAAGAAGAAAAAGAACUAAGAGAAAAGCGAUGCUUUAUCUGUGGUGACACUGGUCAUAUGAGAAGGGAUUGCCCAGAAUACAGAACAUCCCGAACACGCAACAACACCAUGUCAGUUCCUCAGGCUACACGGAAUUUGGCCAAUAUACAGACAGUUGCAACUUCCCAGCCAUCGGUGUCACAUUCAGAACUUCAUCAGGAUUACCCACAACAUACCAGGCAACCUUCAGAAAGUUCAGAACCACAUCAGAUGCCUCCUUACUCUCCUCAAACUACGCAUCAGCAAUUAACACCAAAUGCAUCUCAAACAGCUUCUGUUUCCCAUCCACAGACCCAACAGACUGGUUCUCAAAAUAAACUUCCACAGACACUUGCUCAACCAACCCAUCAGGUUCAAUUGCCCCUGUUUCCAUACACCCAGCGUCAUCCAGGUCAGUAUUCCAAUCUGCACAGCCUGAACCUAAUUCAGUCACACAGACCACAGCACCAGGUGCAAAUGCCCACUAACACUUGGCCUGCUGUCCUUCACUCUGCAUCUGGUAAUCAUCCCAACAUGCCUUUCCCUAUGCGGUCUAGCAGCAACACAGCUAAUCCCAACAGUAUGAAUCUCAAUGAUCCUAGUAUCAUCUUUGCUCAGCCUGCUGCCAGGCCCAUGGGUAUCUCCAACACUCCUCACGAUGGACAGUGGCACAAUCACAUGACUCGCAGCACACUAGUGGGAAAUGGCACUCUGGGAGCUUCAGAUCAAAGGUUUCAGGGACAAUUUGCGAAACUAAAUCCUCCACCCAUACCUUGGGAGCAUCAUCCUGUUCCUCAUUUUCAAGCACCGUGGCCUUACAGAAUGCCUCAAAACUUCAUUCAGCAGGGAAAUACGAACUAUCCUCAGCAGAACAAAUCCUACUACUCUCAAGGUUCUUCAAUCCACAGUAACCAGCGUUUUCCAAUCAUGCAACAAGGAAGAGUACGGAUGAACUACAUUCAGCAAAAGAAGUGACUGAAGUGGAAAUCCACACAAUACAGUUGCAGACCUUAUCUGGGAAGGGGAAGAACAAAAUUAUUUUAAGACUGUUUUUAAACUGUAUGAUUUGUAUAUAGACCAAACUUGAUUGUAAUUUUUAAUAGUUUUUUUUGUUGCAAUGCACCACAAUGUGAUUUAUGAUACAGAUCACAUCUAUUUUAAUGCCUCCCAUUUUUGAAGGUGGGGUAAAAUCAUUUUUUGUUUGAAGCUGAUGCAACUGUAAAAAAAAAGCUUUUUUAAAAAAAAACUGGAUUUAUUUUCUCUGUUGUAUUCAUACUUUGGCUGCCUCAGACUUUGUAUAUGGUUCUUAAAAGAGAAAAUAUGGUUUAAAGAUGGUCAGCUGUGUUCAGAACAGAAGUAUAUAGUGCCAAAAGCCUUUUUAAA